GCUGAAUGUAUGUAGCCGUUCUCUAUGGAGUGUUGACCAGUAGGUAAAUGAUAUCUUUGUGGCUCUUUAUUCCCCGCCAGACUAACGACAUCAGUGCACGCCAGAUUUACAGCAACACACUUCUACGAUGUCUGUAAAAUCGGUCAUUGAAGCCAAUCAUGCAAGGGGUGCUGAGUUGUACAAUGCUGGUGACAUACAAGCUAUGGUGACGGAGAUGUACCAUGAAGAUUGUAAAUUCAUGCCGAGUGGCGUUGAGACGAAGUUUGGUCAGAAAGGUGUGUUAGAAAUACUAGAAUCAUUGAAGAAAACAGGUGUGGCGGAAAUAAAAGUCACUUCAGAAGAAAUCGAUGGGAUCGAGACUGACACAGCUUACGAACGUGGUAGUUACAUUUUUUAUAAAGAUGAUGGCUCUGAGGUGGGCGUCGGCAAAUAUCUGGUGAUCUGGAAGAAGGUGAAUGGAAAAUAUCGUGCAUAUGUCGAUAUUCUGAACAGUAACAGUUGAAUACAAAUGACGUCUUUUGAACUCGUAGUUGUAAAAUAAACCACGUGUACAAUGAAACAAA